GUGGCGCUGACGUUGCCCGAGCUCCAGGAAUUACGGGACCAGCUGAAUUAUCUACUGGCCAAAGGGUUCGUUCGACCGAGUACGUCCCUGUUCGCCGCCCCGAUCUUGUUCACACCCAAGAAGGAUGGGGGCCUCCGAAUGUGCAUUGACUAUCGUGCCCUUAAUCGGGUUACGAUUAAGUCUCGCUACCCAAUCCCGCGUGCGGACGAACUGAUUGACCAGCUGCGAGGCGCUCGCUAUUUCUCGAAGAUGGACCUUCGCGGCGGUUACCACUUGAUUCGAGUCUUCGCCAACGAUUGCGACAAAACCGUAUCUCGUACUCGCUACGGAGUUACGAAUGUUGUCAUACCGUUCGGGUUAACGAAUGCCCCCUUGACGUUCCAGCUGAUGGUGAACCGACCAUUCCGGGAUCUACUCGAUAAAUGUGUGAUCAUUUAUCUGGAUGACAUCCAGAUUUGCAGUACGACACGGGAGCAGCACUUAAAGGACCUGGAAGCUGUUUUUCAGCGCCUGCAGCAGAAUCGUCUCAUCACCAAAGGCUCUAAGUGCGAGUUCUUAAAACCCGAACUGGAGUUUUUGGGGCACGAUAUUUCGACUGAAGGCGUGAAAAUUGACCCUCGUAAAAUUAGGGCAAUGCAGGACUACAUGAUUUUGGUGGCGGCUUUCUGCCAAUCGCGUACGCGACAGUCGGCCGAGCAAAAUUAUCCCGUACACGACAAAGAAAUGCUGGCGAUCAUGCACCCAUUCAAGAUCUGGCGAUGCUACUUGACGGGAGCCGAUGUGACCGUACGAACAGAUCACAAAUCCCUACAGUACCUGCGCGCACAGCCAAAUUUCAACCCGCGGCAAGUUCGCUGGUUGGAUUAUCUGGAGUCUAACUUCACGUAUCAAAUUACGUACAAGAAGGGUGCAAACAACAUUGCCGACGCCCUCUCCAGACCAUCUGCCCAAACCGCGGCUGUACUAAUCGCCCAGACGAACCUGUUGCUGAGCGGACUACUUACCCACGGAUAUUCGACCGAUCCCUUUUUCGUAAACAGCAGCAACCAGAAGGUCACGACCGCGAGGGGAGCCUAUUACGUAAAAGCGGGAAUGGAACGAAUUUGGGUUUUGAUCCACGAUUCGAACUUAUCGGGACAUUUCGGGGUUGACAAGACUCUGAAGGCACUGCAGCGGUUUUAUUACAGGCCCUACAUGUUUUUGGAUGUGCAAAAGUACGUGCACGUGCCCGACCUGCCAGACGAUGAAAUCAUCACGCCAGCGGUCAGCAGGACUGUCGCAGCCCCUCGAGCCACCCCAGCGACCUUGGCAACACGUAACUAUGGAUUUUGUCAUCGGCCUGCCGACUGGACCAAGUGGAAACAACGCGGUACUUGUCGUCGUCGACCGCCUCACGAAAAUGGCUCAUUUCGUGCCAUGUCGCACGACGAUCACAGCCAAAGUAACCGUGCACCUAUACAUCCCGGCCGUCGUUCGCCUGCAUGGUAUCCCUGCGGCGAUGAUCAGCGUCAGAGACAUAAAAUUCACCUCGCGCUUCUGGUAAGACACGUGGAAUCGAUAGGACACCUGCCUACUGUUCUCAUCCGCCUAUCACCCGCAAACCGACGGUCAGGCAUAACGGACGAAUCAGACCAUGGAACAGUUGAUUCCCACGAACUGCCCGGAUAUCAGCAAAUGGGAAGAUUCGCUACCCAUGCUCGAGUUUCCAUACAACAAUGCACCCUUCGCCACAACCAAUCAUUCGCCCUGGGCAAUGCGACGGUCGAUGAUACGUCAAAGGACAUUGACACACUAUGUGCCAAUGUCCCUGUAGAACUAGCCACGUUAAUUCGACGGUACCCGGAUAUUUUUCCGGACGACCUGCCAGCAGGGUUGCCACCCGAGCGCCCCCAAGACCACAAAAUUGACCUGGAACCCGACGCGCAGCCUACAGUCAGGACCCAGUGGCGGCUGACACAGCCCGAACUCACGGAGUUGCGGAGCCAGCUGGACUACCUCUUGGAGAAGGGGUUCAUUAGGCCCAGCACGUCCCCGUUCGCGGCACCGAUCCUGUUCCCGCCAAAGAAAGACGGCGGGCUGCGAAUGUGCAUCGACUACAGGGCGCUGAAUCGGCGAACCAUUAAGUCUCGCUACCCAAUCCCACGCGCGGACGAUCUUCUCGAUCAACUUCGCGGAGCUCGCUUCUUCUCGAAAAUCGACUUACGCGGCGGUUACCAUCAGAUCCGAGUCUUCGCUGACGACUGCCACAAGACGGCGUUCCGCACCCGAUAUGGCAGCUACGAGUACACCGUGAUGCCGUUUGGCCUCACGAACGCACCCUCCACUUUCCAACUCACCAUGAAUGGCGUAUUCCACGAUCUCCUCGACAAGUGUGUCAUCGUCUACCUUCAUGACAUUCUGAUCUACAGCAAGACACAGGAACAGCACCUCAAGGACCUCGAGCAAGUUUUCCAGCGGCUGCAAGAAAACCGCCUCAUUACGAAGGGCUCUAAGUGCGAGUUCCUCAAAUCCGAACUAGAAUUUUUGGGACAUGUAGUGGGAGCGGACGGCAUCAAAAUCGACCCGAAGAAAAUCACAACGAUUCGCGACUGGAAGCCGCCGACGAAUUUACAGGAGCUGCAGAGUUUUCUUGGGUUCGUUAAUUACGUCAGGAGGUUUAUCCCCAAUAUGGCAGGGAUAACCGGACCGUUAACUGACCUGCUGCGGAAGGGCACUUUGUUUGAAUGGGGGGAGAGACAGCAGACUGCUUUCGAUGAACUGCGAAAUUUUCUGACGUCGCCCCCGGUCCUCCGAAUCGCCGACCCAUCUCGACCGUUGGAAGUCUUGACGGACGCUAACAAUUUCGCCAUCGGUGCGAUACUGUUACAAGAUUUCGGCGAAGGACUCCAACCAAUCGCGUAUGAGUCUAGGAAGUUGCAGGCAGCCGAGCGCAACUACCCCGUCCACGACAAAGAAAUGCUCGCCAUCGUGCACGCAUUCAAGGUGUGGCGAUGCUACCUGACGGGAGCCGACGUGACAGUACGGACAUACCAUAAAUCCCUACAGUACCUCCGCGCGCAGCCGAACCUCAAUCCACGGCAGAUUCGCUGGCUGGACUUCCUCGAAAGCAACUUCCACUACACCAUCACGUACAAACGUGGGGCGAAUAACCUCGCCGACGCACUGACAAGACCAUCCGCCCAUCUCGCCUCCAUCAUCAUUGCGAAAUCCAACCCACUGCUCACCGGACUAUUUACCCACGGCUACAAAACCGACCCCUUUUUCACCCGCAACCUCCACCAACAAGCCACCACAGCCAAAGGACCCUACUUCCUAAAAGCCGGUAUUGACCGUAUCUGGUCUUCUCGACAGCGGCCAGCUGGACUGCUGCAACCGCUCGAGCCACCCCAGCGACCGUGGCAACAUGUGACGAUGGACUUCGUCACGGGGCUCCCGGCUGCCGCCACGGGCAACGACGCCGUCCUGUUCGCCGUCGAUCGUCUGACAAAGAUGGCGCAUUUCGCACCCUGUCGCACAACAAUCACAGCCGAGGAUACCGCGAAACUUUUCAUCUCCACCGUUGUUCGUUUACACGGCUUACCAUCAGCGAUCAUCAGCGACCGCGACCCAAAAUUCACGUCCAAGUUCUGGCAAGAGACAUGGGCCCAGUACGGCACACGCCUCCAAUUUUCCUCCGCCUACCAUCCUCAAACCGACGGCCAGACCGAGCGAACCAAUCAAACCAUGGAGCAGCUGAUACGCUCCAACGGCCCUGAUCCUGCCCAGUGGGAAGAAUCCCUGCCCAUGCUGGAAUUUUCCUACAACAAUGCCCCAUCGGCUACGACCAAUCACUCGCCAUAUUUCCUAAAUUACGGGAUGGAUCCGACCGUCCCGACGACUACCCACAUCGACAACCCCGCAUGACUGGAUGGUGGGUGGUCCCCCCC